GACCCACUGGUAGAGUGGUAGGUACCAUCCAUACACAUAAUUUGUUUGUCAAAAGAAAAAAUGCCAUUAUUAUUUCUCAUUGUGCACAUAUAAGACAAUAGAAAUUGUACAGUACCUACAGAAACAGCAAAUAAGUACUCUAGCUUGGGGGUUUCUUUGAAGUUUCUUUGUUCCUUUCAAUGAAUUUCUCAGGUUUUUGGUCUCUUCAUUGCUGUUAAGCUACCGUUAAGUUAAAUCCUUCCAGUUUCUAAAGGCAAAUUAUGGCUGUUGCGCUGCGGGCCGGUAUAGAUCUAUUCUGGACUCUUAAAGACUCAAUGGAGCAGAUACUCACGUUACUUAGUAACUUUGAAGGAUAUAUGGGUUUUGAUGAAAAUCUGAAAACUCUAAAAGAUGAAGUAGAUCAACUUCACACGGAAGCGAAUGACAUGGAAGCAAAGUUGAAGAACUUAGAAAGAGGGGGACAAAGGAAAAGGAAACAAGGAGUCGAGGGUUGGCUUCAGCGAGUAAAUAAGUUGGAAACAAACUUUGAAACAUUCAAGGAAAGCAUACAAGGUGCGGGAUUCAUAAUGAAAAAUGCUCGGAAGUUAAUAAAAGUACAAGAACUCGAAGGGAUGACAGAAAGCGUCAAAAAGCUUAGAGAAGAGGGCAGAAAUAAUAUUGUUGAACCUACACUGGAUUUAAUGCAGGAGGCAAUGGUGAACGAAAUUAAUGCAGGAGGCAAUGGUGAUUAGGGAUGAUUAUUGUAGCCGAAAGUUGUUACUGUUCAAUUUGGAGUAGAUACUUUGGAGUUCUCUCAUGUUGUUUGUUAAUGAUACUCUAUAUUUGUU